AUGAGGACCGAAUUUAACUGGCAUUUAACAGCAUGGAAGAGUCUAGGACGACCUUCUCCGGGAGACAUUAUAUGGGAGACGGAGCUGCUUAACCAUUCUGAGCUUGUCAUGCGGAAAAGGGCAUAUCAGAAUUCGACACUCUACGCAACAUUUCCUAGAGACCCUUGUGACAGUUAUGUCCACUGUGGUGGCAACGGCAACUCUGUUCUUAAUUCAUCACUAAUUUGUCAAUGUUUGAAGAGGUUCGUUCCUGGGUCGCUGGAGAAUUGGAACUUGAAAGAUUUUUUGAAAGGUUGCGUGAGGAGAAAGCCGUUUAGCUGCAGGAAUGAUGGAUUUGCUAAGUAUCUGCAGUUGAAAUUGCUGGAUACUACACACAAUUGGAUAAAUAAAAGCAAGAACCUCGUUGAAUGCAUGGCCAAAUGCUUAUCGAAUUGUUCAUGUUCUGCUUAUACAGACAUAGAUGUUAGAGGAAGAGGCAGCAGUUCCGCUAUCUGGUUUGAAUAA